AUGAAUACAACAAUACUUUGCUAUGAGAAUACCAAAGAUUCAUGCAUCAAGCUUUACAGGUCCAAAAUUGUACAAAUAAUGUUAUAUGUUUCUUGUAUAUUAGCAAUGUUUGUUACUGUCAUUGGAAAUAUGCUGGUAAUAAUUUCAGUUUCUCAUUUUAAGGUACUGCAUUCACCAACAAACUUUCUCACAUUGUCUCUAGCAGUUGCUGAUUGUAUGAUAGGCUUGUUCGUUUUACCUUUCAGUGCUGUCAGAUCAGUUGAAACAUGCUGGUACUAUGGAACAUCCUUCUGUGCUUUCCAUUCUGGACUAGACAUGUUUCUAUGUCUGGUAUCAGUUUUUCAUUUAUGUUGCAUUUCAAUGGAUAGGUAUUAUGCAGUGUGUGAACCAUUACUGUACCCUGUCAAAGUAACAAAUAGAAUUGCAUUUCUGUUUAUAACAGGUUCAUGGAUACUUGCUUUAGUUUAUACAUUUGCUUUGCUUUAUUCAAGAGUUGUCGAAGACAGGAUUGAGAGCUUAGCACCUGAACUCCCAUGUGUAGGGAGCUGUCAGCUUGUGUUUUUGAGACUUUGGGGUUGGAUAAAUUUUUCUGUAUUUUUUAUACCAUGCUUUCUUAUGUUAGGUUUAUACAUAAGAAUAUUCUUUAUUGCAAGGAGACAGGUGAAAAUUAUAAACAGCAUGAAUGAAAAAAAUUCUGUGGGACGUGGCAGAAUAUCAAAAAGAGAAAGGAAGGCAGCUGUAACCCUUGGCAUAGCUGUAGGGAUAUAUGCAUUGUGCUGGCUACCCUUUGUAAUUGACACUAUAAUUGAUGCAUUUUUUAGUUUUGUUACCCCACCCCUUGUUGGGGAUUUCUUAAACUGGACUACUUAUAUCAACUCUGCUUGUAAUCCUAUAAUUUAUGGAUUUUUUUAUCCUUGGUUCAGAAAAGUAUUAAGAAUCAUUUUUACAGGCAAAGCUUUUCAACCGGACUCAUCAUUAAUAGAUCUUUAUCAGGAGUGA